CAUAUGGGGACGCAUGAAUUUCCUUAAAUGCAGAUAGAUAAAAAAUGGGAAUAAAGGGAUAGGAGUAGGAAUAGGAAUAGGAAUAGGAAAUAUAGUACAAAUGGAAGAAGAGGCACCGGUGGGAACAUCUAUACUGACGAAUUAAACGUGGCCCGUAAUACAUGAAGAAACCUGUUUAUGUCUGGACAUUUCACACCAAUUUGUUGCCAGCCAAGGAACCCAUAUUGGUAGCAUGUUGUUUCCUUUCGGAUCAUAUUGUCUAGGCGCAGUGUUGUUUCCUGUCGGAUCGCGUAUUGUCUCGUCGCAAACUGAAAUCUCAGAAGUCCUCUUGUUGAGCCUUCUCCAGCCGAGGAGCUGGAUGUGACAUCCACUCCCUGGAGGAUAUGAUUUUUAAGGUACGGUAUUUCCACCUCGAAGUUUCAUGCCAUUGACUUGCUCUUUCCCAACCUGUGACAAGAUGAAGAAGAGAAAGUUCAAAGUAAACAGCAAUUGUUUAACGCUUCUGGCCAGGGCAGCAACGAAGAUGGAAGUAGACAGCUGAAAUGUCAACUUCGGAACUAUCCUACUAUAUUUGCAAAGUCUUUGCAUUAUUGUUGCUUGUACGAGUACAUUCCCAGAAUCAUAUACCGCGGCUGCACUGCAAUUCUUCUGGCAACAUCGUCGAAUGGAUUGGUCAUCUCUCACCUGUUCCGCCUCCUUCCUAAUCAUUCUGCUCCUGCCGUUGGGUGCGUCUGAUGACCGGCUUGUCCCCAGCAAGCCGCUCUCCCCUGGCACAACCGUCGUCUCGGAUGGCGGUGACUUCGCCUUGGGCUUCUUCUCCUCAUCCGGCUCGACGCCGUCCAACCUGUACCUUGGCAUCUGGUACAGCAGCAUCCCCGAGCUCACUGUGGUGUGGGUUGCCAACCGGGGAACCCCACUCACAAACGGUACCUCCUCUGCACCGACUCUCACCCUCACCAAUGCCUCCAAUCUUGUUCUCUCUGACAGUGAUGGUGGUCGAGUUGUUUGGAUGACCAACGUGGGCGCUGCCUCGAGCUCCUCUUCGACAGAGGCGGUGCUUCUGAACACCGGUAACCUCAUCAUUCGGUCACCCAACGGCACCACGUUGUGGCAGAGUUUCGACCACCCAACCGACACGUUCCUGCCCGGCAUGAAGAUGCAAAUCAGGUAUAGGACACGCGCCGGUGAGCGCCUGGUGUCCUGGAAAGACGCUGGAGACCCCUCGCCUGGGGGCUUCUCCUACGGCUGCGAUCCGGCCACGUCCAUCCAGAUGUUCCUUUGGGACGGGUCACGCCCGGUGUACCGCAGCACCCCGUGGACCGGGUUCCGGGUGAAGAGCGAAGACGAGUACCUGUUGACAAACACCAGCGCUAUCAUCAUAAACCUGGCUUUCGUCAACAACGAUGAGGAGAGCUACACGAUGUUUACCGUCUCUGAUGGUGCCUGGCACACCAGGUUCGUGCUGACCUACUCCGGCAAGCUCCAGUUCCAAAGCUGGAACAGUAGCUCUUCCACGUGGGUAGUUUUUGGGCAGUGGCCACCCCAUGAAUGCAACCGCUACGGCUACUGUGGCCCGAAUGGCUAUUGCGAUGAGACGGUGUUGCCUAUUCCGACGUGCAAGUGCUUUGACGGUUUCAAGCCGAUGAGCACGGAGGAGUGGGACAAUGGCGAGUUCUGGAAAGGGUGCCAACGGAAAGAGGCGUUGCGUUGCAGCGAUGGUUUCAUGCCCUUGUCGGGGAUGAAGCCACCGGAUAGGUUCGUGAUCGUCGGAAACACGUCGUUGAGGGAGUGCGCCGCGGCAUGUGGUCGCAACUGCUCCUGCAUGGCGUACGCAUACGCCAACCUGAGCAGCAGCAUUGAAAACAGAGACCUGACAAGGUGUUUGGUGUGGGUCGGGGAGUUGGUUGACACCGGGAGGCUAGGCGCAAGCACCGCCAGCGACACACUCUAUCUACGGCUUGCAGGCUUAGAUGCAGCAACUGGUAAAAGGACAAGGAGCAAUGCCAUGAAAGUUGUGUUGCCGGUUUUAGGAGGUGCUGCUCUGAUACUCAUGUGCAUUUCCAUUGCAUGGUUGAAAUUCAAAGGCAAGGACAGAAACCAGGAAAAACACAAGAAGUUGCCAUCGGAUGGUUCAAGUGAUCUUGACUUUCCAUUUAUAAGAUUUGAGGAAAUUGCCCUAGCAACACACAAUUUCUCCGAAACAUGUAUGAUUGGACAUGGAGGCUUUGGCAAAGUUUAUAAGGGAAUUGUAGGUGGUCAAGAAAUUGCUGUCAAAAGGCUAAGUAGGGAUUCUCAACAAGGAACAAAUGAAUUCAGGAAUGAAGUAAUUCUUAUUGCCAAAUUGCAACACAAAAAUUUGGUUCGACUUCUUGGAUGUUGUGACAAGGGAGAUGAAAAGUUAUUGAUCUAUGAGUAUUUGCCCAAUAAAAGCUUAGAUGCCACCCUUUUUGAUGAUUCAAGAAAACAUUUGCUGGAUUGGGGGACACGGUUAAAUAUAAUUAAAGGUAUCGCAAGGGGGCUUCUUUAUCUUCAUGAAGAUUCAAGACUGACCAUAAUUCACAGAGAUCUCAAAGCAGGGAACGUUUUGCUAGAUGCAGAGAUGAAACCUAAAAUAGCAGAUUUUGGUAUGGCAAGGAUCUUCGGUGAUAACCAGGAAAAUGCGAACACCCAACGCGUCGUCGGAACAUUUGGCUACAUGGCCCCUGAGUAUGCAAUGCACGGCAUCAUCUCUAUCAAAUCCGACAUCUACAGUUUUGGCGUGUUACUACUGGAGAUUGUAACUGGUAUGAAGAGAAGCUCCACUAGUCACGCCAUGGGCUUUCCAAGCCUCAUAAUCUACUCGUGGAAUAUGUGGAAAGAUGGGAAGGCAGCAGAAUUGGCUGACUCAUCUAUUAUAGAUACAUGCCUACUAGAUGAGGUGUUGCUUUGCAUUCAUGUAGCACUCUUGUGUGUCCAAGAAAACCCAAAAGACAGACCACACAUGUCAUCGGUUGUGUUCACCCUAGAGAAUGGAAGCACUACACUCCCAACUCCCAGUCGGCCUGCAUACUUUGUGGGACAGAGCACUGAGUUGGAGCAACUCAGAAACAAUAUUCAGAAUUCCGUGAAUACUUUAACUCUUACUGGUAUAGAGGGUCGAUGAAAUACUUCAUUACUUCUAUAUUUGUUGGACAUUGUGUAAAGAAAGGCUUGUUCGCGGUGGUCGUUGUUUGUAGCUUAGUGGUGGAGGGAAGUUGUUUGAUCCCAUCUACACGGGUUUGACCCAUAAAGUUUUUGUUCUGCUGAAUGAUUCUUGUUCGUGCCCAUGAAAUAUGUUCAUAAUAGAGGAUGACCAAGUGUUAGUGUGCAUGAAGUUUUUCUUUUUUCACGAACUUGUGAUGGACGUGGAGGGCUGGUACUGGCACUCCAGAGGCCAUCGCCACUGUGCAGCACGCCAGCGCCGCGCCCGUCAGUCUCGUCGUCGACGCGUUCGCCGUGGUCGGCUGUAACUCAUCCAGUUCGCCGCCAGGCACGCGCUGCUGGCCGACCACUUCUCGUUUCCAGGACACUGCUUUCCCCCGCUAACACCAGCGUUUAGUUCUCGUGCAGGGGCUGCUACGUGGUCGUGGUGGAGAUCGAUCCCCGGAAGGUGGAGCUGGUGAGGCACAAUGCCAGGAUCUACGGCGUGGAGCAUUUGAUCGAGUUCGUCGUCGGCGAUUUCUUCCACCUCACGCCUUACUUGAAGGUAUACUCGUUCAGUUUUACGAUGAACAAGACCACAUUGAGUAGGUUAGUUAAAUUUUGAUAAAUGGACAUGCCAAACCAAUGUAUGCUUCCAACUAUGAUAUGGCAUGCGCAAGGUAUGCACAGUUAUAAAAAACAAACAAACCCAUCUGUAAGACUGUAACUGUUAAUUUUACCAACUCUUUUUGCGCAAUUAAGCUAUGAGGCGCACCAGGAUUCUACCUGCAUGGAUUACAGAACUCGAGAACACUUUGUAUGUCCAGCAUAUCGGAAUCUGUAGAAAGCCAUUUUGAUUUCUAAAUAAAAACCUACAAUUGUUGGUAGCAUGGUACUUUUUAAUUUAAUCUAUAAACACUACAACUGCCCAAGUGACCUGUUUUUUGAACUAUAUUAUUAGUACCAGUACUCCUUCACCAGCCUAUUUUUUGUGAUAAACUCCUUCACCAGCUGGACAUUACUGACAGGAGUCCCAACAAAACUAGGCAUGUCCUCACACAUUUAGUGAUGUACUCCCUCCGUUCUGAAUUAUAAGAUGUUCUAACUUUUUGUGAAUCGUAUGUAUAUAGACGCGUUUUAGUGUGUUUGUUCACUCAUUUCAGUCCGUAUGUAGUCCAUAUUGAAACCAAAACAUCUUAUAAUUUGGAACGGAGGUAGUAGAUCACUCCACCUUUUAAAAAUUUGAUGUUGAUGCCUGAUAUAAUCUGAAAACAAUACAAAUAUAAACUUUGGAUUCCUUGUCAUGUCAACACCAUUGGUUAAAAAGAGAGUACAGUCAGAAUGUUUAGUUGAGUACCUCAUUUUGGUACUACUGAUCUGCCUAUUCGGCUAUUAAUACUCAACAUUGUUGUCAGUCCAUCUGCAAAUAAACCAAAAAACAUUGUAUACAUAGGGUCUCUCUGCCCCAGGCCCUGGGCUGUAUAGUAACGCCUAUAAGGCUAUUGUUCUCCAUACAGUAAAAUUUCCUGGUUCCUAUCAGAAUCGCUUGAGCCAGGGUGCUGGGACAUCGUCAGUGCACGAGCCUUGAAGCAAAUAAACAGCAAAAGUGAACCGAAAUCUCGAAAGUCCUCUCACCGAGCCUUUUUCUAGCCAUUGCUGGAGGUUAUGGCAGCUGCCAGGACAAAACCGGCAAUGGCUGGAGAAGUUUGAUAAAGCGUGGCUGCCGGUUCUGAUACCUCCAGUUCCUCACUCUGCAGAACAGAUUUUGCAUGUUACUCUGUGUAAGGGUAACGGUAGAACUCAAAACUAGGAGAGCUGAGUUAACUGAAAAAACCCAGAAGGGGAGCAUGGAUCCUAAGUUCUAGAGGGUAGAUAGGUGAGUUGUUAUUCUCUAGAUUACAACCUUUCUGUAACGGAGGGGCUGGAUGUGAUUUCUUAAGGUACACAUCAUAUUUCCAACUCCAAAGUUCCAUGCUCCUGACUGGCUAUUUCCCAGUUCAAAGUACACGUAAUGGUAGUUGAGAUAGGCUAUUUCCCAGUUCAAAGUACACGUAAUGGUAGUAGAAUGGAAACACAUUAUCCUUUGAUUUUUAAUAUCUGCGUUUAGAUCAGGUCAAUCAUAAUGAAUUACUCCCUCCG